UUUGUUUCAUUAUUGUUGUUUUUGAGUAUUGUGAGCAUUCUAAUCCACACUCCAUACCAGUUGGUGGCAGUAAUGCACCAAGUCUGCCAACCGCCAAUAAACUUCAAAGAAGAAGAAAAAGAAGAAGACACUAGUGGAACUAUGGCAAAUGACAAGAAUCCCCUGGGACAGCUUAAGGACCUGGUGGAGCUGAAAGACCAGCUGGAGGACAUUCAGAGACGGGUGGAGGAUGAGAUACAAGCUGGGGUUCCUCCUGGAGGCAGUCUGCUUGCGUCUCCUUUCCUGAAGGGGUUUCUGGCUGGGUACAUUGUUGCUAGGCUACGCUCUUCAGCAUUGCUGGGUGUUGCCGUAGGAACCUGUACAGGAAUCUAUGCAGCACAAAAUUAUGCCGUUCCCAACAUUGAAAAUACCAUCAAGGACUACAUAAACAACCUGAAAGGAGGACGCAAAUGAGAGGAGGAAAAGUAAGAUGCAGAAAAGGAGGGGGGAGGAAGAGGAGUUUGCUAGUACAUCUACAUAAUGGGAACAGACAUGUUAAUGUUACAAGUUAAAAACCUUUCAUCUACACCACAUGGAUGAAUGAAUAGGAAAAUUUAGAGUAUAAGGUGAAGCUCAUUCUUUUCAUAUUUCUUUUUUAAUUCAUCUGAACCCUUGUUUCAUGAGUAUGGAGAAGGGGUGACUGAAAUAUCUGUUGUAAUUGACUUACUAUAAUAACAUAUAUGUGGAAAUGAUCAGUUUAUUUAAACACACAACACAUUUCUUCGUUAUGUGGUUAGUGAAUUAAAUUUAGACAAACUGCUACCAUUAAUAAAAUCAUCAUAGCUGCUAUAACUGAUUUCUGAUCCCAACCCUGUCUUGCCUGAAACUAUAUUAUGUGCUUUUUAAUAAUUUUUCAUACUUAAUGAGACCAUCAAUGUCUACAUGUGCAGGCCAGCGAUGUCGGCAAGUUUACCUCCUUACUAAAGGAGCUUCACUUGAGAGUAGCACAUCUCUUUUGCCUUUUUAACAGAUAGAGUGUUGAGGUUCUUUCAGAGGAGCUGCUUUAGAUAUCUUGCCCUUGUUGGCGUCCAAAGUACAGUAGGAAUUAGAGUUUUAGAGACAUGUUUUGUUAUCUUCUUUGGUGUCUUCUGCCCUCUAGUGGUCAGAAAUCAACUAUAGCAGCCUUAUUUAAUCUGCACUUUUAUGCUCAGGGAUGAUGGAGCAUGUAAAACAUUUUCUCACCCUACACCAUGUGGUGCAUCUGUCAAAAUCCUUCAUGGUAAUUCUUACAUUGUUGAGAGGUGUCAGGGCUAAGUCUGUGGUGUCAUGUGAAGUGACUUUACAGGCACAACACAGCUCUGCAUGUGGUCAUUGGUCAGUUUUUUCUUUUUAAAUUAUACUCCUCAUCUCUGUAGAAGUUCCUGAAAAAUCACACUUUAUAACUGUAAAAAUGACUCCUAAUAUGACACACUCCAUUCAAAAAUAAGGAUAAGAAUUUACAGAAAUGUAAUAUUUCUCUAUAUUCCAUCUCACACUGCUAAGAAAAAAAAAAAAGUCAAGAGCUGGGUUAGUGUCAGUCUACUGUCAAUAGGAUGUCAGAUGAAAAUUUACGCCAAAGUGUAAUUUUUGUGCAAAGACGUAGUUUUUAAUUGCACUUGGGAGUUUUUAGCAAAACAGGGUUAAAGUAUUUUAUGUAAAAUAUAUAUCAUGAGUGCCUACUCUUGUCUAGACUUGAUAUUAUCAUCUCAUGCCAUGUGUGCAAUAGCCUUUUCCUGAUGGGAUUUGGCUGCUUAUUUCAUAUGCUGGAAACUAGUUGAUCUUGCACUUCUAUGAAUUUUAUGGAUUGAACGCUGUUACUUUGUUUUGCUGAAAUCAGUAAUCUUGUCUUUUUGUCGCAGAAGUAUCAAAAGAAAAUAAGUGAUAUAGUGACAUUUUUACUUACUUAAAAUGUGGUGUCAUUUGUACAUUGCAGAACUGCAGAACACUAGUCUGAAAACCUAAUUUAUGGAAAAACAACUUAAUAGUGGCAUAUUAAAUAACAUAACAGACAAUAGAGUUUAGAGUUUUCUAAAUGAUCACCAUUACAAUUCACAGAUUUUAAAAACUGAAUGAAUGGAACCAUUUUAUUUCUCAGUUUUCCAGAUUAUUCUCUCCCAGGUGUUGCCCUUGUUGGCAACAUCAAGUGUGAUUCAGCAGGUAAAAUACGUUUAACUGUCAACCAGUUAUAUCUGUUUGAGUUUGAUGGUUCAACAGGCACCAGAAUUUUUUUUAAAAAUGUUUUAUUUUGUAAAUUUCAGGAGGGUGUACUCAAGCUUUUAAUCAUUUUGAUAAGAAAGUUAAGAUAAUCGUAUUUUUGAUGUGGAUGUAGAAACCCAAAAUAUGUCUUGUUUGUAAAGAGAGAUAGGUUUUAGAGUGGGUGUACUCAUUUAUGCUGUACACUCCAGCUAGAUAACCUGUCUAUUAUUUGAAAGUUAUAUGAGUUAUAUAUUUAUUAGGUUUCUCUCCAAUUAAAACCACAUUUCUCAAAGGAAAAAUAUUGAUUGAUGGAAGCAUGCUUAUUUGAGAAAAUAAAAUCUUGCUUAUGCAUCUUUUUCUGCAUAUUACAAAAAGGAAUAAGUUUCUAUUUAAAGAAAGAAAUGUACUAUAUGAAAUGUAAAAAAGAUAUGUAAUGCACUAAGAUGGUUUUCACAUGACAGCGACGUUAGUUUCUCCAGGUACUGUAUCUCUGUCAUUGAAAUGAAUGCAUAGUGUCCACAGUCAGACCCGUGACAGGUAUUAAGCCAUAAAGAAGAAACAGAUUUGAGUUCAGUCUGUGCUCGCUUUAGUUUUUACUUUGACUUUAACAUGUAUUAGAAAAACGUGUACUGUAUGUUUGUUAACUGGAACCCAGAAACAACUUGUGCCUAUUGACAAUCAUUGUGUUGCUGUCCUUUUAUUGCAUGCCAGUCUUAAAAUUUUCUGUCUAUUAUGUGUUUGCAUGUUUUCUCUUGUCCUUUAAGUCAUACCUUUGUUCAAACACAAAUGCUGUGGAAUAUAAAAUAUGACAGGCCAGUUGAUGGUGCUUUAUUUCACUGGCUAAUCUAACCAUCUCAUCAUCAUGGGUUUUCACUCCUGCACAUCAAUGGAGAUGUUUUCAACUUCAACAGUUUGAAAUUCCAUUGUGACUUCAAAAGAAAACCAUGCUGAAACUGUCUUUAAUAGCUUUAUUUGGGUGGCUCCAAUAAAUGGGGAAAAUACAGUUUA